AUGGAUGGACCCGAGCAUUGGUCCAAUGCGUUUUUUGAGGGAUGUAGGUACGGUGAAGUUGCUUCAAGUGUGGCUGAAUCUGUCAAUAAUUGGGUGAAGGACGAGAAGAGGAUGCCGGUAUCAGCUGUCGAUAAUACUAUUAGAAUGAAACUCAUGGAAAUGAUCCAUAAGCGUCAUAAGAUUUCCGAAACUAUGACAAGUCGCUUGACUCCGGAUUAUGAAAACAAGUUAAAAGAACUUACUGAUGAAGGUAACUCUUGGAUCGUUAUACCUGCUGGGGAUACUUUGUUUGAAGUUGUUGCUGAUCACCGGUAUGCUGUCAAUUUGGAGACUUUUCAUUGUUCUUGCAAUAGGUGGAAGGUUUAUGGAUUUCCUUGCAGCCAUGCUAUUCAAUGCAUAUUGUUGUCCGGCAAACAAGUAUAUGACUUUGUUCAGCCGUAUCUCACAUCUAGCUGGUACAAAACUCUUUAUUCUUUCGCUAUCCAUCCUGUUCCAGAUUCCGAGAAAGAGAAUGAGUCAUCUAACAAUGUGCGAGUUAUUCCUCCUCCUGUUAAAAAGGGUCCAGGGCGUCCAAAGACUGAGCGUUUUCAGCCAAAGUUUGUGAAGGUGAAGAAUGAGAAGAGAAAGAUAAGAUGCCUUUAG